AUGGCUUUGAAGGAUGAGGCAUUGGCCGAGAAGCAGAAGAAGCUCACUGAGCUGUGGAACAGCCAUGUCGCCGUGUGCAAGCAGGCUCGCUCCCUGGAAGAUGAGAACAAGGAGAUUAAGCAGCAACACAAGGCUGAGAUGGCCAUUGCCAAGAAGCAUGUGGAGGAUCAUCGGCUGGAGAAGGAGAAGGCCGAGGCAAGGCUGAAGGUCUCGCGGGAGUCGGUGGAUGCGCAGAUCUCCAAGAGGCUUGACCUGGAGGGGCGGCUCAUGGAGGAGCGGAACCGGAGGGUCGCUCUUACAAUUGGGGCCGAGUUGGAGGUGGGCCGUUUAAAAGGGUUGGACAUAGGAGUGCAUUGA